GUCGACAGUGCAGUGCGCAGGCGCGGCCGGCGGGUUUCCCUGGGCUACAGGCGGCGCGGCCCGCUGGUCCGCCGCCCUGCGUCAUGGCGGGCUGCGCGGCGCGGGCUCCGCCGGGCUCCGAGGCGCGCCUCAGCCUCGCCACCUUCCUGCUGGGCGCCUCGGUGUUGGCGCUGCCGCUGCUGACGCGCGCCGGCCUGCAGGGCCGCACCGGGCUGGCGCUGUACGUGGCGGGGCUCAACGCGCUGCUGCUGCUGCUGUACCGGCCGCCGCGCUACCAGAUAGCCAUCCGGGCUUGUUUCCUUGGCUUUGUGUUUGGCUGUGGUAUGCUGCUAAGUUUUAGCCAGUCUUCUUGGAAUCACUUUGGCUGGUACAUGUGCUCCCUAUCAUUGUUCCACUAUUCUGAAUACUUAGUGACAGCAGUCAACAAUCCCAAAAGUUUGUCCUUGGAUUCCUUUCUCCUGAAUCACAGUCUGGAGUAUACAGUAGCUGCUCUUUCUUCUUGGAUAGAGUUCACACUUGAAAAUAUUUUUUGUCCAGAACUGAAGCAGAUCACCUGGCUCAGCGUCACGGGGCUGCUGAUGGUGGUCUUUGGAGAAUGUCUGAGAAAAGCAGCCAUGUUUACAGCUGGCUCCAAUUUCAACCACGUGGUGCAGAAUGAAAAAUCAGAUACCCACACUCUGGUGACAAGUGGAGUAUAUGCUUGGUUCCGGCAUCCUUCUUAUGUUGGGUGGUUUUACUGGAGUAUUGGAACCCAGGUGAUGCUGUGUAACCCCGUCUGUGGUGUCGGCUACGCCCUCACAGUAUGGCGGUUCUUCCGAGAUCGGAUAGAAGAAGAAGAAAUCUCACUGAUUCACUUUUUUGGAGAGGAGUACCUGGAGUAUAAGAAGAGGGUGCCCACAGGCCUGCCUUUCAUCAAGGGAGUCAAGGUGGCGCUCUGACAGAUGGCAGGUGACUAUGGGACCUGUGACCCUGUGUAGCCCAGGACAAAACUGCUUCCAGUCAGCUACUGCAGAGUGCAUUUUCUUAACCAUUUUAUAUGUCACUAAUUAAACUCCUCUGGAAUAUUAUUGAAGACCAAAUGGUCAGAAGGCCUUAGGACCAAAGGACCCACCGGAACAAUCUAUUCUUGUGCUGAAUCCAGGCAGGACAUAGAUGAAAGAUGAGUAAGAAGCAAAUCACAGCAAUAGUCAACAGAGCCCUGGUGACAACCAAGGCCACGCUCCGCUGCCCCACAAGGCCAGAGUGUGUGUAAGAUACUACCAGGACUCCUGGGGAGAGGGGGCUCUGCUUCCAGUAACGCCUCGCCAGCGGAGACGGGUAGAGGGCAUCGCUGCUUGUUAGCGCUAAAGACACACCUGCAACCUUUCAUUUCACUGCAAAACACUAACCGCGCUUUAACCCUCUUUAUUUCUGUCCUCAGUGCAUGAACAUCUAUACAGUUUUAAAGAUACUUCCGUAUGUGAUGCUUUGGCACUAAAUCUAUUUAAUUGCAUUUACAUAUGUAUUGUUUAUAAGUAGCAGUACGCAUUUAACGGGGGCUCAUUUGGUUUUUCUAGCUCCAGCUUUUAUUUGGGAGCAAGUAAGCAUGGAUAGACACCUCCAGACAGUCUGGCCAAGCAUGGCUUUGUGUGACCACAGCAACCCAGGCCAAGGGGACUGUAGGCCCAUGUGGGUUUUCCUGGGGCCCUUGGCUCCACCUGUUUUUGUCAUGUCAUCAGUGAUAGGGGAGUCAAUAAGUGUCGUUUUCCCCUGAUCCAAGAUGUGCUUACUGAAUGCCUGCUCUGUGCAAAGCAUUGUUAACAUUGAGAAAUACUGCUGUCCGUUUAUUUGGGAUUUUAUUUUCAUUUCACCAUAGCUUAUAUUUUUAUGUUUCAAUGUAAAUCUAUUAACUAUUGUUUUCUGUGUUCUGUUCUCAGAAUUACAUUGUCCCUAAUAUUAUUUCAAACUUUUUUUUGUUGUUGUUGCAGUUUGGCUGGGGCCGGGUUUGAACCCACCACCCUCGGUAUAUGGGGCCGGCGCCCUGCUCACUGAGCCAUAGGCGCCGCCAUAUUUUAAACUUUUUUAAUGGGGUUGAGCUUACACAACUGCAGAGCCAGGCAAAUAACUCCGAAACUAGUCUUAAAUAGAGCAAAUAAUCCCAACGAGAUUCAGUCAGUCUUUUUGUUUUGAAGAGAGUAGUUGACUUUAGGAGUCAAACAUAGGAGCUUUAAGCAAUGAGACCCUUGUUUAAUUCUGGACUAGACAGGAACUUGGCCUCAGUGUGAGAUCCUCUCUUGCAGCUUUGCGGUGGCACUAACGAAGCGUGAAUGUGAAGGCAGUGUCAGCACAUAUCCAGAACACUGCUCUGCCACCCCGCCACACGGCUUAUGAGGAGCCACUAAACCUUAAUGUGCCUAGACCUCCCCAUCCGUACAAUGGGGUUGAUACCACCUACCUCACAGGGGUGUUGUGAGGACAUCUUUAAUGCUCAGAUGAGAGAGAUGUGAAAUCUAUACAAUAUAAAACCUAACAAAAAUGGACAGACAUUUGGUUAACUGUGCCAGAUCCCUAAAAUGUAUGUUUAGAAAGAGAGCAUUCUCCCAAUUCAGAUGUGAGACUGACGUAUGGAUUUCAUGGCUUAAUUAAUUUUUUUGUUGUUAUAUAUACCAAAGAGGUUUACGGGUUUGUUGAUGGCUGAUGUGACACUUGUCCAUUUGAGAACCAGACAGACUUGUCUGGCAGCCCCCCACCCCCACCCCCCCGAUCAUCUGGCCAUGGGGCCCUGGCCAAGGUGGUACCCCUGGCAGAGUAGAGUGUGCAGUCCUGGUGGGACUCUCCCUAUUCGGGCACUUGGGCUGAGUCAGCUUUGAGCUUGUUCUCCAGACCACGUGGCACAGUAAACUCCACCGCCUAGGACUGCAGACUGGAGAAGAUGUAGUUGAGCUGGCAGCCUGCCCUAGCUCUUUUUCGCUCAUCUAAGCUCAUCUAUUCGGCCUAGCCUCUAUUCCCAGCAGGGGCUAUGAAGUUGUCUUUUGUGUAUGUGCGGGGGGGACAGGGUCUUGCUCUGUUGCUGGGACUGGAGUGCACUGGUAUCAUCACAGCUGGCUUCAUCCUCAAACUCCUGGGCUCAAGAGGUCAUCCUCCCUCAGCUUCAUGAGUAGGUGGGACUGUGGGCAUGUGGUGACUAAUUUUUUUAUUUUUAUAGAGACAGGGUCUCGCUAUUGCCCAGGCUGGUCUCAAACUCCUGGACUCAAGUGAUCCUCCCACCUCAGCCUCCCAAAGUGCUGGAUUUGCAGGUGUGAGCCACUCUGCCUGGCCAAGUUAUCUUUUUGGUGGGUAGAGAGCAGCUAGUGGUGUCCCCGGGCCUUGUGGAUGGUAAGAGGGCAUUGUCAUUUGAUGUCAUCCUUUACCUGCCAGAGGCCAGAAGGCUUACCUUUGUGCCAGGCCCACCACCUGGAAGGAAUUUGGGCCUUGGGUUUCCCACUUAAAUGCUGCCUCACACUGGGUGGUGAGGGAGAACUUGACAUUGUGUUCUGCUCUGCUUUAAAGAGUAAUUCUGGGGUGGGGGUGGUAGGAGAACAUUCCUACCCUUCUUAUGAUUCCAGGGCAGAAGUCAGCAAUUACUUAGGGAUAAAAGAUGAACUACUUAAGGGCAGGAUUUGGUAGGUGAUUGACUUCCCUUUAGUACCAUGAUCUUGAGAUUAUUUUUAACUUUAUAAAUUUAGCAGUGUUGGGGCCCACGGCAGAGAAUCAGGUUAAUGAAGUAAAGGCUUUUUGGGUGUUUGCUGCAAAGGCCACAUUGCCAAUUUCCUUAACUUAAGAAACUGUCAAGAGAUUUCUUUUUCCAUUGCAGGUUUUAAAGUGGAGAUUCUUAAAUGGAAAAUGGGUACUGCAUAGAACAAAGCUACUUUGAAACAGCAUAAAAUAAAACCUUUCCUGAGUACUUGCAGGUGGCCGUGGCUGAGAGUGGCAGUUUAUAGAAGAGGCAGUGGGGUGAGCCUCUUAGCAGGACAGUGAGCAAAAGACAGCGUACCUCUUGUCCCUUAGUUGGCAUGAACUGCAUCAUGAGCCUAAAAAGUCAUUAAUCCCUUCCAUUCAUUUACCAGUCUAGGGGGUUGAUAUGACAGGGAAAAAUGUUCCCAAACCAGUAAGUUGUAUUAGCUGGUCAGGUCCCAUGAGGUCUUGACACUGGCUCACUGGUGGUCAUCCCCAUCAUGGGCACAGCACACUGCUGUUCCUUCUCUCCACUUUUUUGCUGCCUUAGGUAGUUGUAAUCACCCACCGCAGUUUGCUUUUGUAGUGGUCUGGCAAGGUUAGAAGACCUCAACCUCUCUGUUGUGGUGGGAGGCGCGUACAGAAGACCCGGCCACCCUAAGCGGAGGCUGCCCAUCCCAUCGCAAGGAGAGUAACUUAACAGAGUAAUUAUUCUACUCUUUUACAUACAGAAAUGUUUAUUUAAAUAUUUUAAAUUGGAUUUUCUUUCACAGAUACUGACUAUUCUUUCCAAUUCUUAAAUAAAUAAAACUGUAUCUGAUUUCACU